AUGCCAACAGCUUGGGAUACGUGGAAUGAAAAACUGCGUCAACUGGAUGCCAAACUUUCUGCACAGUUAAUUCAGCGGACAGUAGCGCUACGGCGGCGUGUCGACGAGCUGGAAAAUGAGAUAGGAGAACUGAGACAAGCGGGAACACAUGACUGGAACCGAUCGGAUUCAGGAAUUUUGUAUAAAAUAUUUACGGAAAAAAGAAAUUUCGAUGAUGCUGAGGCCAUUUGCAAAUCAUUUCACUCUCAGCUAGCUGUUAUUGAAUCGCAGCACAAGAACGAUUAUAUCAAAGACCUCCUUGAGGAAACAAUUCCGGAAUCGAAAAAUGAAGACAAAAGCUUGGAAGAAGGCGAAGCCUGGAUCGGGUUAAAAACUGGUAAAAUUGAAAUGAGUUCGGAUGAAGGCAGUUUUUCGAAUUUUGCUGAAGAUCAGCCAGUGAAUGGUUGUGCAACAAUGAAUCAGAGCGGUAAAUGGGCGAUUAGGAACUGUACUGAGCAGCGAGCAUUUGUUUGUGAACUUCAACCGGAAAAAAAUCGAGUACCAGCACACAGUGACAGUGGAAAUCUGAAGUUUUUGGUAAAAUGCUGUGAGCAUCUGUCACUUUUUGAUGACGUUUAUCGGAAAUGA